AUGCACCACCAACUGAAUUUGAUGAAAGCUUGCUUGCAAAUCGAUUGGGUAGUGUUGGAUGAAAGCUUGCUUGCUGCUCAAGUCCUAUUGCUUGAUGUAGAUUUCAUGUACAAACUACAUGGACCUGGAUGUGGCUGUCCACACGCUGUUCACCAGUCUAUUCACGGCGAGCUCAAUAUGGAAGAGAUGAAUCAAAUACUCACCUGCAUUGAAGGACUGAGAGCACCUCAAGCUCAAAGUGGUAAUGCCCGAGUUGCUUGCAAACUUCUUUCUAGUGGUGACUGA